UGAUGAAAUCAACACUACGUAAUUUUGUUAUCAUGUAACGUUGACUGACAAGCUAGCUGGGGUUACAGCCCACCUACACACGUGUUUAAGUUAUGCUUUCCUCGUAGAGUUCACGAAACAGGAGUAACUCAUAACUCAAGAGAGCUCUUAAACCUGAGGGGGAUGUCUGUGUUCAGAGAGGACGUCGUGGAUGCUUGGUUGCUAUAAAAGGUCGGACGAAAGCUAAAUAAUGUUAGCCAUGUCUUCAUGAUGUUAUCUGGAAUGAGGUUAAAUAACAGGCUGACAAGCCAACCCUGAAGUGUUCGCGUGUAACCACAGCUUUACUAAAGAGAUUCUUAUAUGAUGUCUAAAUUACAAACUGAACAUAUCUAAUGUCAGGUUGUGUUUUGUUUGUAGGCGUCAAUAUGAAUGGUCAAAGUCCUGCGUCUUCAGCCUCUAAUGGCAUUACUCCUCUGCAGCAGAUGGUGGCGUCCUGCUCUGGAGCUAUACUCACAUCCUUGUUCGGUUAGUUCCCCUGACUGACCAUCUCGGAGUACUUCUACUUUAUUGUCUGUUAAUUCUACUUUUAGUUAAGAAAAGCAUCAUUUUAGUGACCGUACUUUUACAUGAGUAGUGUAGAGGAGAAUGGGGUAAGUUGAGUCAAAGGAUAAGUUGAGCCAACCCCUGUUGCUUGGAAAUGGUAAAAGAAAUUGGUCAUGUGACCAAAUAUUGAGGAGAUGGGCAUCAAUUCAUGGAGUCUGUGAAGGUUAGAAGCACAUGGGUGAAGGGGUUAGACAAAUAUUUAAAAAAAAAAAUAAAACAUUUUUCACCUUUGAAAGUGAAUUUAGUCUGUCAUACGUUUGAUUAGAAUUGUGUUCAGAUUGUUGAAAUGUGUUACUUUUUCUUUUCAAAAAUACAGCUGUGAAUGUUCUGAAUCACUUAAAGACAUUCUCAUGUUUAAAUGUUUUUUACAAAACAGCUUUUUAGCAGUUAUAUGCAAUUAUAAAAAUAAUGAUUGUACCAGUUGAAUAGUGUAUAAUAGAUUAAAAUACACAUGAAUGUGAAGAAGUGACUGAUAUUUAGGGAGAGAGAAGGUGAGGGAGGGCUGGGGUGGAGAGUGAGGGGAUAGUAGGGAUACGGAUCAACUGACCCCGCUCCUAUGGUCAACUUACCUCAUACACAGGGUAAGUUGACCAUAGGAGACCACUUUUUUGGCAGGCUGUAUUAUCAAGACAGGUGUGUUUACACUCAUUCUGUUGGUUUGCAGGGAUGCACAACAUCUUGAAAUAUACGCAGAUACACUAGUUAGAGACAAAACUAUGAUUGCCUUGAUGUAGUGAUCCGAAAUUUGAAAAAUGGCUCAUCUUACCCCACUCUCCCCAGUUUGGUACACCACUGCUGCUAAAACCCUUUGCACCUCACCAUGCUCUUUAUUUAAGCCUAUGAUGUAUGUAGACCAACUUUGCAUAGAAAGUAUAACAUUUGGUGGUAGUUUUAAAGUUAUUGCCUUUUCUUUUUUCAGUCACUCCUUUAGAUGUUGUGAAGAUCAGACUGCAAGCACAGAAAAAUCCAUUUCCCAAAGGUAAAAACAAUAUAAAUGCUCUUGCUGUAUUAUCAUUUUCAGUAUAGGCAAUUAACAGUAGAGUAACCACUUAUAUGUCUUUAUGUCUCAGGGAAAUGCUUUGUCUACUGCAAUGGACUCAUGGACCACAUAUGUGUGUGUGAAAACGGCAAUUCCAAGGCCUGGUACAAAGCUCCAGGUCACUUCAGUGGCACUCUCGUAAGGAUUUUACAAAGUUAUGGCUCCUUUAGUAUUCUGAAUGACAUACAAACGAGAGAGACGUGGUGUUUUCUAGUAUUUUUAUUCACUGGAGGAAAAGACUUGUUUGAGGGUGCAUGACAAAGAGCUACACCAUCAAGUUAUAAAAGAAAACCCUUAACUUACUAACAGCACAUUUCCUACAUUGACUCCCACUGUGUUUUUACAGGAUGCCUUUCUCAAGAUAAUACGCAAUGAAGGUCUAAAGUCAUUGUGGAGUGGUCUACCCCCAACCCUGUGAGUUUCAAGUUCUCCAUGCUCUUCAUUUCUAAUUUUUUUAAUCUCGUCAUCCUACUCUCCUCUCAAGGCUGACUCACUGAGCAAACGCAGUCAGUUGGAAGUCAUUUGAUCCAUAACUCAUGCACUCAUUAAGGCUGUUUUAGUUUCAAAUGAACCUAUUAGUGGCAAACCACCUGAGACUUUACUGAAAGCUGAUUACCCAAGAGUAAUUUGUGUCAGUAAAACAGCUUUAAAAUUUGUACUUAAUAAAUCAUGUUCAUUUAUUCAGUGUUGUUUUUGUGGUUGAUUUUUCCCCAGCACAAGAUGAUGUUGAUGGAAGUGUAAUUAGUGCAUGAUUUGCUUAUUUGUUAUCUCUAGUGUGAUGGCAGUCCCUGCUACGGUGAUUUACUUCACAUGUUACGACCAGCUGUGUGCAGCACUGAAGCUAAGAAUGGGAGACUACGCUCAGGAGGCCCCUCUCGUGGCCGGGGCUGUUGCUAGAGGUGAGCUUACCACUUUUGAGAAAAAUGAGGAAAAAACAUCUGCGAGGCGGAUUUUCUUCACUCUGUCAUUCUUUAUCCUAUUUUCUUGUAUUCUUUUUUGCUUUUAUUUGUAACAUGUGUUGAAGUAUGUUCUUAUCUCUCCUGUUAGUUGGUUCAGCAACUGUCAUCAGCCCUCUGGAGCUGAUCCGCACAAAGCUGCAAUCUCAGAAACAGUCGUACAGGGAGCUGACUGCCUGCAUCCGCUCAGCAGUGGAGACAGAGGGCUGGCUGUCCCUGUGGAGAGGUUUGGGGCCCACGCUGUUUAGAGAUGUGCCAUUCUCAGCCAUGUAUUGGUACAACUAUGAAAAGAGCAAAUUAUGGCUGUGUGAACAUUACAACACCAGAGAGCCCACUUUUACCAUCACCUUCCUGUCUGGAGCGCUGUCUGGCUCUGUAAGUGCACCUCCAAACCAUUCGGCUUGUGUAGGAGACCUCAACAGAAACAAAUCAUGAUGCAUGAAUAGACCAUGAUCAAAUAAUUCAUGUUGCAGUUAAUAGAUUGAAUAUGUUUCUUGCAGAUUGCCUCCAUUGUCACGCUGCCUUUUGAUGUCGUCAAAACAAGAAGGCAGGUGGAGCUGGGAGAGCUGCAAGCAAGAAACUGUAAGCAUGGCGUGAUGCGUUUAUUUUGUAAAGAGGGUGCUUCAUAAGACUUGAGUCACAUUUUUAAGGUCAACAUCAAAUUCUCUAAAUCUUGUUUGAGUGAGAGGAUCUUUGGCUUUCUUGGCUGUUCAGUUUAAGUAAGCUAAAUAUGUUAAGGUUGUACACAAAAAGUACACAUUAAGGACUCUGAAGUAUUGGCGUUCAAGUCAGUUUAUUUUAAUUUCGUAACAUGAAUAUAACGGUUGGGACUUUCAGCUGCUUCCAUUAGUUUUCAGGAUAAAUAGUUUUAAAACCCAUUAACAAACAGCAUGCUUUGCUUUGCCUCUAAAAUUGUAAUUCUCAUUAAUCUAAAAUCUCAUGCAAGUCAGAAGAAAUCAGUCCAGAUUAAACACCUCCCAAAUCUGCCAUGUAUGAGUUGAUGGUUUAAUUUCAAGUUCUGGUCUAAUGCUUUAAACUUCAUGUACAUGUCAUAUGUUAUAAAUGGAGAGUUAAACAUGCUGACUGUUGAUAAACUUAAAUUCAUAGUUUAAACUAUACCUCUUAUGGCCAAAGUUGACUCUUGUCUUUGUCUUCAGUGUCACAUGAGGUCUCCACCUCCACCUUCAGCGUGAUGAGCAGGAUUGUGGCGCAGGAUGGCGUCAGUGGACUGUUAGCAGGUGGAUAUUUCAGUUUGAUGUUAAUUUCGAAUGACGAUCAUAGAUUUCCCUCACUAAAUAACUCACUCAUGUCAUGCUCUUGCUUGUCUCCGCUGCUUCGUUGCCAGGUUUCCUCCCCAGACUGAUCAAAGUCGCUCCAGCAUGUGCCAUCAUGAUCAGCACUUACGAAUUUGGGAAAGCUUUUUUCCGCAAACACAACCAGGAGAGGAUGCUGGGGCCUCUGCAGACCAGCAACACCUGAGGGAUCCCCUACUAGUUGUAUUCGAACCAAACAUCACUACUGCUGAAUGACACCAAGAUUCAAAAGGCUCGUGUUGCCAAAUAGGAAAAGCAGAAAUGGAAAUAAGUGUAAUAGUGGGUUGCUUGAUCCCUUUCUGCUCUACAAGGUGAAGUGGAUGAACAAAAUUGAUGAGAAAAGAUUUGUUAGUAUUUGUAAUUGUAUUGUUCUCUGAUCACCACCAUAGAUCAUGUGUGCACAAAUGAAAAGAACAGUUUUGUCUCAUUAGGGUUCAAAUCAAAUACUUUGCUGCAUAUUGUGACCAGUAGAUGGCAGCCGCAGUUUUUGUGUUGUUUUUCCUUGCACUUGGAUCAUGUGCGCUGUGCCUGCAGUCCUUACAUCAGAGAUGUAAGACUGAUCUUUAUUUAACUCCUGUGAGUGAGUGUCACUCUGAGUCAAUGUUUCCCCAAAGGCACUGUCAAAGGAUCUCUGUUUUAGCACUUUCAGACCAGUCCUUUUUAACUGUGAAUGUGUGAGACAGGAAAAAAAAAGCAAAAGAAACUGUUGUGCCAUCAUAACACAAGUUUGAUGAGACUGUGACGUGUUAACUACAAGAUUUCAUAAUUGUACAGCCUUCCCUGAGAAUUCCGGUCUUCCAUCAGCUCACACAAGCUUGAUCCACUCACCUGUUCACCGUCAACAAGAAACUCAAAUGUCACUAGUGAAUUUUUACUGUUUAAAUAAGUGGAGUUUAUUCAAAAUCAAACAUAUAAAAGCAAAUAAAUCUGUUAAACAAAUACUGCAUGGCUGUGCAAAUGACUGCUCCAACAAGCUAAAGGCAAAGUCAUGAGCUCUGCGUUAAGGUACGCAGCUACCACCAAUGAUACAAACCACAUUAUACUGACACUCUGCAAAUACACUUGUUCCCUUAUUGCAGAUGAAAACUUUUGCAAAAUACCCUCAAACAAUGUUACACAGAUCAAACUGUAUUUAAUUAUUUAAAGGGUAUAUCAGGCAAAAUUUGUCUGAUAAAGCUUAACCUUUAUGUAAACUCAAAACUAAGAGGUGAAUAUUAAUCCUAGUGAUCAUUACCUGAGAACAAAAUGAUGUGAUACUGCAUAAUGCACAACAAUGACAACAUAACACUCGUUAUAUAAAAACAGUGAAAAUUUACACUCAGUGAAAUGUGAGCUGGCAGCUAAUGAAAGUGGAAAUACAGUCAGCAUAAAUCAACCAAAUUACUGCUUUAAAAUAGCUUAGAGGCAGCAGUAUCACAGAAGACGUAUAAGAGCCUUUCAGCCGCAAUAAACGAAGAGGAAGAAUAGUUAUGUGUUUUCUCCUAAACUUCCAUCUCAGCUAUAAUCGGUAUUUUCAACAUGCUAAGAACUACUGCAAAGCUUCUCAAAGAGGGAGAGAAGUGAAAAGACUCAUCACUGCAUUCUUAAUACUGUAAAGUGGUUUGGUAAGUCUUACACCAAACUCUUAUUUCAGUCUUUUACCAAGAUUGGAGAUAAAAACAUGUUUACUGAUGAAGAGUGAGGAGGAAAAAAAGUGGAUUAGAAGCAUGACAAUAGAGCUGAAAACUCCCUUUAAAAAGUCAUCAAACAUUUUUAAGACAUUACUGGGUUUCAUGGAGCUGUUGUGGAGGCCAACAGUCCAAAAAAACAUGCAACAUCUCACUCUCAGCAAGCAAACCUAAUGUCCAUCAGAUGUUUGAGUUCUGGGCCCCACAAGCAGAACAAAAGCCUCUACUCACAACGAAUCAAUAUCACUUACAUUUAAAAAGUUCCUGGAUUGUUUGGCCCUGGUGUUUUGUUUUUUUUUACUUUCAAGCUAUGAAGGACUGAUGCCGGGGCUGCAGAUCUCUGUUAAAGGACUGGCCAAACACUCAUUGGACUUCAUGCUGGUCAGGGACUUGUAGCUGGCGACUGAUGUCAGGGAUCCACACAGACCUCUUAGAGAUGGCGUUUCUUCUUUACCUGAAUGAGAUGACACACAUUGAUGAAUGCUUAUUUCAGAGCAGGAAAAAUAACAUUGAAGGGAUCAAAUACCUUGGUGUGGCCAGAGUGUGCUGCUGGCCGGCCGGGCCUCCAGACUCAGAGU